CAGGAAGACGAAAAGCUCAGGCAACACGUAGAAGCCCAUGGUGCGGGCAAGUGGGCGGAAAUCGCCAGGAUCCUGCGGCCGCGCACAGAUAACCAGUGCUGGCGUAGGUGGAAGAGCCUCAACUCGGGGGUGGAAGUGGCGAACUACAGGAAGAGCGUCCACAAGAAGAAAAAGGGUCUGGUAAACAACUUUGUCGGACGGGAGAAGGAGCGCCCGGAUCUCACAAUCGGUGAUUUUCCGGCACAAGACGACGAUGACGAGGAGCCUCCGCGGAGAUUCGUCGAGCUUGCCUGCACCGCCCCUGUACACGGCCUCGUCGUCGUCUACAUCGACUAG